CGUUGUGUUACUUCUAACUAUUUUAACGUUAAUUGCCAACCGAAGCCUAACCAUUAGCCGACAAAAUUUCCAAUGGCGCUUUGGUAAAGCAGGCGAAGGAUAGGUAGAUACCAAAGGGAGAAAGCCAAUGAUAUCUAAAGAAUCACCAUGUCGUUGAUGAACAAGCCCAAAUCAGAGCUCACAUUUGAAGAGUUAAAACAAAGGGAAGAGGAGGAGUUUAAUGCAGGUCCAUUACGUGUUUUGAUGAAGUCUGUUAAAAAUAAUACACAAGUUUUAAUAAAUUGUAGAAAUAACAGAAAGUUACUUGGUCGUGUUAAAGCUUUUGAUAGACAUUGCAAUAUGGUAUUAGAAAAUGUUAAAGAAAUGUGGUAUGAAAUUCCCAAAACAGGCAAGGGAAAAAAACCUAAACCGAUCAACAAGGACAGAUACAUUGCAAAAAUGUUUUUGCGAGGGGAUUCAGUAAUAUUGGUGUUAACAAAUCCACUGGCGAGUGCUAAAGCGGAUGAAUAACUGGUAACAUGUAUAUUAUAAAGGAUGCUAUUGUCAUUAAAAACUUUGUCAGAAGUAGACUGCAUACAGCUACGUGUGUGUGAGAGUGCUGCAUUGUUUUUGCGCAUGGUCAGAGAAAAAACGUUUUUUCGUAUUAACUUGUAUAUGCAGUUUCUUUGGAUAUAAUUUUCAAAUAUAUUAAAAUAUGGUA